UUUGCUAUGCAAGUAGUCGUGAUUUUGCGGGAAAUCGUAACGAUUUCCUUGAUGGUUUGGAUUAUAUGUAUGAUCGAGGAAUUGAUGACAAUUUUGAAGAUGACUUUGUUCUUACUCAUCGUCGUUACAAAGAACGUUCUGCCGCUGCUUUUGCCGAAGACUUGGCUGAUUUGAGACGCAAAAGGAGGGACAUGCAGGAUCGUAUUUUCGACGUGAUCGAUUUGAAUGCCGAAAUUGAGAAAGCUAAAACCACAUUAGAAGCAGCUGAUUCUGCUUUCCAACGGCAUGCAACGAAAUUCGACAAUACAGAUAAUAACGACGAUGCGCCAUUAACGAAGGGAUCUAAUAUGGAAGUCAUUCCCGAGAAAAAAGUGCCGAAAACUAUGAAAUUUAUUAAGGUCCCAAAUUAUGAAAUUGAGUUACACAUGCCACAGCCCUCAAAAUCAAGACAAGACAGAACUAACUCAUUAAUAGAAGCGGCUACGAUUGAGGAUCCGUUAAAUACGCUUGCUUAUCUACCAUUGAAGAGGAAAUUCUUAAAAAGGAAGAAAAGCGUCUCGUUUUAAUUAUUUCUGUUAAAUAAUGUUUAUUAUUAUAUUAUAAUACCAUUAAAAUUUAUCUGUAUUGUUUAAAGUUGCUAUAUGAAUGAAAUCUAUUUAAAAAACAUGUUCUAUGAUAUUUUAUAAUUAUCAUUCAAUCACGGAAAGUUAUUAAUUUGACGAUCAAUCCGUUAAUUCGAUCGGCACGCCCAUGUUUGCAAAAUUGAACAACGGGUUUAUAGAAUGGGAACAUAUUUAAUAAUACAGACUUAUCUAAGUACCUUAUAGAACUAACCUGCUAGACGGAGACGUUAUUUAGCCUAAGCAUUACAAUAUAAACGGUAGGUAUAAUAAGAGUCGUACUAUUGACUGGUCGCAUAUACGAUAAAGCUGAUGGUGAUCAGGUGAUGUAUCAGUGAUGUAUAGCAGAAACUGGCAGAAACUGUCGGAGAGCGUACGACGAAAUGAUAAUGAUAGUUCACGAUGCUAAAAUGUUAUAUGCAGUUAUAUGUAUGUUCUGUAGCAGACUGAAAAGAGAGAGGGUUGAAAUGGGUACUCCUUCGACCAUUUUUUUUUGUAUUCGACCAUAUCAAAAGAUUAUGCUAACGAAGCAGUGUAAUGUAAUUAAUUUAAAUAAUGUAAUUUUCCAUCAUAAUUCAACAUCUAAUUAUUGAUAUGUACUGAUAUCAAGUUCUUUUAAAUAAAUAAAAAUACCGAAAAAUGUAGCGCCACCUCUCAGCAAACCACCCAAGUUUGUGGUGAAAUAGUUCCCACUUUCCACCACUAAAUGACGCCACAUUUUCCUGUAUUUUUUUUAUUUAUUAAAAAACUAGGCAUUAGACAAUUAUUAGUGUACUAAUCGACAAUGAGUAGUUAAAUUAUGGUAGUUAAAAUAUAAAAUUAAAUUUAUAUGCAGAGAAUUUAUGUUUUGAAUAUUUUCAUGUUUGUGGCGACAUUUAGCGGCGCUGGGCGGAAACUAUUUCACCACAAACUUGAGAGGUUUGUCAAGAGAUAGCGCUACAGUUUUCGGUAUUUUUAUUUAUUUAAAAAACUUAAUAUCAUCAAUUAUUAGCGUAGAAAUCAACAAUUAGUAGUUGAAUUAUUAUGUCAAAUUAUAUGAGUAUGCCGAAAAAAUUAAAAAAAUGUGAAUAUAUAUGAUUAAUUAUUUCGGUCGCUGCCACUAACUAGUAUUCUUGUUUUUAUAUUUAGCAAAAUAUGAGUGCAAUGAAUGUUAUGAAUAAUAAACUAUAAUUUUUAAUAAUUACGGUACUGCUUAUUCCUCUGGGGCAGUGUAUAUUACAAAGAUUGGAAUAUAAAAUUAUUGUUUGAUAAAUCAAAAGCACUAUCAACUAUAUUAGAUAUAUUUACUUCUUAUAAAAUAUAUUUUUACUUACAUUUCAGAGCUUUAAAUUGCAACUACAUCAGUUUGAAUAUUAUAUUAUAUUCUUCAUAGCUAUACAUAAUUCCAUAUACUCCAAAACGUCAUUUUACUCAGAAUUUAUUCCACCUAAAUUAAUAAAGAGUUAUUGCCUAAAUAUAUGAAUAACAUUUCACAAGUUUAAUAAUUCAGUAUAUUACAAUUUAUGUUGUAAGAUAAGCAGCAGGAAAAAUAACUCGUAGAGAGAGCCAAUGAGUCAUUUUUGUUUUACAGUGUACAUUUGUGAUAAUUAUUUCAGUAUAUUAUUAUUAUACAAUUUGCUAGUUAAUAGACAGUUGAGAAAAUAAUCCCUUUCUCCUUAAAAUUCAAGCUACAUUAUUUCAGAUCACAUACAUCUAAUUUAUCAUUAUAAUAUUGCCUUACUAACUUAGAUUUAAAGCUAUCUAAACACACUAUUGUAAGUUUAAAUUUUGGAAAUUCUAAAUAUUAGAAUAGUUUACAUUAGAAAUUUAGCAUUUGUUAAUUGAUUUAACAUAUUUAAACAAAAUUUCCAAACUUUGUACUUAAUAUGAUUUCUCUUAAAGUUACAGAUAUAUGACUUGAACCUACAUGCACGAAAGUUACACAUAGGUCAUUUUAUUACAAAAUUGAUUUCAUAAAUUGUACAUAAAUAAUACAUAAAUUAGAAAAAAAUUAGUUACUUUAUUGUGAAAAAUCAAAUCUAAUGAAAGGACAUGUAUUAUGAAUGUGAAUAUGAAAACAAUUUCUUAUUAAAUUUUAAAUAAACAAAAUUAUGUAGUUAUUCGUUUAUUUCCGAAUUUGAAAUAAGAAUUUGUUGGGAAGGUUUUACUUCUAUAUAUUUUUUAGUAUGCAUAAUAAAAUAUUUAUUUGUAUACACCAAUAUAUAUUUUCUAUAUAUGUAUGUAUAUACAUAUACAUAUAGUUACUUUCAUAUACAAUACAUAUAUAUACACAUACACAUAUGAAUACUUAUAAAGAUUUUGUUGAGCCACUUUCUUUUAGAAAUUUAAAUUCAUAUAAAAGGAACAAAAGAAUAAUCCAGAUUUUUAUAUUGCAUUCAAUAUCAAUAUCAAAUUUUUUUUUAUUUUACAUUUAAAACCAAAUGGCACGUAAACAAUUUUUUCUGUGCUUUAUAGUCUGUGUAUGGAUUAAUUUUUUUGAGAGUAAUAUAUGCUCACUUAUAUGCAAAUUUAAAAACAAUUAAAACGAGCAUAUAAACUUUUAUCAAUAUUUUUUCUAUGGUGAAAUGUAAUUCUUAAAUACUAUGAAAUACAAAAAUUUGGCUCUACAUUACUAUAACAAAAAUGACUCAUAUCUUUUAUAAUUCAGAAUUAUUAGUGUGUAUCAAUAUAACAAAGCAGUCUUAUUGAUAUUGUGCAUUUUUUAAAUAUUAGUACAAUAAUAGUACUUUUCAAAACUUCAGAGAUAUACUUUAACAUAUUGCAUUCUAUGAAAAUCAUAAAUGUAGAAUUUUAAUAUGUUCACAAUGAUCAAUAUUAAUCAAAUACCAUAGAUAUUGUUAAAAUAUACCUAAAAGUGUAACAGAUGCAACAUAGAAAUGUACAAUGGUGCACUUUAUAAUAUAUAUUAAACUUAGUUCUACAAACUAAGUGCAAUUAGUCCAAACAUAGACUUUAGCUAAACUUUUUACUUCUACAGUGAUUUUCUAUAGAAUAUUAGUUAUAACUAUUCAUAUCUUCUAUUUCAAUAUUAUUAUGACAUUAAAAUGUAAAUCUGUCAUAGUAACAUCUAAAAAGAAGGUAUUAAUAGUAUUUAGAAUUGCUCAUAUUACGUGCAUUAAUUUCGUAUAUACUAUUAUAUGAAAUAUAAUACAUAAUUAUAUCAUGUAGCAUAACUCGCUUAUAAAAACUCACUGUCUAAUUACAGGAUAUAUUUAUUUCUUCUACAUAUGUUUCAAACUAUCUCUUAAAGUUUUGGAAAAUAGAUUAUACAUAUCUUUGAAAAUUAUACAAUAUAAAUUUUAGAUUCUAACUUACUAGAAUCUUUAUAGUAUUUUAAUUAAAUGUUUUUAAAUUUCUUUUAAAACAUAUAGGUAAAUAUUUCAAUAUAUUAUUUUUGUUUCU